AUGAUCCAAAUACUUUAAUAACAGCAAAAUUACUAGUAUACGAAUUGGCGAAAACAAUCUGUGAGAUCUCCAGACUUACCGAUUGAGCCCACACCACUUUCCGCUGGUUAUAAAUCACCCCUCACACACUCAUUGCACAGCUGCAAGAACAGAGCGAACAGAGCAAGCAGAGCGAGCGAGCUGUCCGGCCAAACCCUCACGGCCGCCUCCACAAUGCCGCGCCAUCUCGCGCUGCUCCUGCCCCUGCUCCUGCUGGCCUCGCCGGCGGCCACGCGCCUGGCGUCCGCCGCCUGCGCGGGCGAGAAGUUCCCGGCGGGGCGUGCGUACGCGUCGUGCGAGGACCUGCCGAAGCUGGGCGCGUCGCUGCACUGGACGUACGACGCGUCCAAGAGCUCCCUGUCGGUGGCGUUCGUGGCGGCGCCCGCGGCGGCGGGCGGGUGGGUGGCGUGGGGCCUGAACCCUACGGGCGAGGGCAUGGCCGGCGCGCAGGCGCUGGUGGCGCUGGCGGGGGCCGGGGCCGCGGCGCCCGCCGUGCGGACGUACAACAUCACGGGGUACGUCCCGCUGGGCAAGGCCUCCACGCCGCUGGACUUCCCGGCGACCGACCUCGCCGCGGACGCCGCGGGCGGCAAGAUCCGGGUGUACGGCAAGCUGCAGCUGCGCAAGGGGAUGAAGGCCGUGAACCAGGUGUGGCAGGUCGGCGCGUCCUCCACGGGCGGCGCCCCCGACAAGCACGCGUUCCAGGCGGACAACCUCGGCGCCAAGAGCAAGCUCGUCCUCGCCGGCAAGGCCCCCGCGGCGGCCGAGGCCCCCUCGCCCGCCCUCGCGCCCGAGGCCGGCGGCCCGUCCGCGGGCGGCGACAGCGGCGCGGGCGCGUCCUCGUCCACGGCGCCGUCCAAGUCCCCCAACGCCGCCGUGCCCGCGGCCGGCGUGUCCGCGCCCGCGCUACUUGCGCUCGCGCUGGUGGGGUUUUUGGCGGCGGUAUGGUGACGCGUGAAUGGUGGAGCCAUCAUCCCGGCGAAGGUGGCGGCGGCGGGCUGGGGACGAAAUAUCGCGCUGUUUUCUUUUUAUUGGGGUUCGUUUUUAAGCUUUGUUUUUGGCCGUGAAAUAAAAAUAGUUGCUGUACUUGUUGA